AUGACUGAUAAAAAUAUAAAAGUUUCGGAUAUCGAAAUAAAAUAUACACAAAUUUUUAUCAACAGCAAAUGGCACAAAGCAACAAAUGGUAAAACAUUUCCUGUCUUCAAUCUCCAUGCUGAUAUUGACAAAGCUGUUGAAGCUGCGAAGAAAGCUUCCGAGAUUAAGUCAAUUUGGUGUAACUAUCAACCCGCUGAACGUGGUAAUUUGCUACGCAAAUUUGCAAAUCUAUUUCGACGUGAUGUCGAUUAUUUAUCGAAAUUGGCAACAUUAAAUGGUGGAGAAAUCAUCAAUAAUAGUGUUGGUGAAGUUUUUGCUUCAGCAGCUUGUCUUGAUUAUGGUAAAGAAUGA